CUCUCUCUCAACAUAUCCUCAGAUGAGGAUUUUUUUAAAAAAAGAAAAGAAAAAAGAAAAAGAUGAGGACCCGUGUCUGUGCAGAGGACGGAGCCUGGUGUAGAAAAGGACCAAAUGGGCUGGUGGGCGCAGACACUAGGCGGGCUGGAGGCCUCGCUAGCUGGUCCAGGCAGCUGGCCGCAGGCGGGGCAUACAAGGUGCGGGCUUGGCUUCUUCCGCGGUGCGGGCCCAGGCCAGAGGGCUAAUCCUGGGCCAGGCCCCUCCCUCUUGGCACAUUGUGAGGAGCAGCCCCAGCAUCAUUGUGACCCGCCUGCCCCCAGGAGCCUCUGGGUCAGGCCGGCGGGCUGCUGGGGACUGUGGCACAGUGGGUUGGGGGUCUAGGGGCCCCGGUGGUCCUAGGGACCCCCAUGGCUGUGGCUGAGCAGCCAUGGCCCAGGUGCGCCUCCUAUCACAGCCCCAACACCAACAGCUGCCAGGACCUGGGCAACUCGAUCCUGUUGCUGCUGGGCCUCAUCAUCUGCAUGAACAUCGGCAUCAACAUGGUGACGCUGCUUUGGCGCAGACUCCGUUUCUUCUUACACGAAAUGUUCUGCAGAAUUGUUUCUGAGAAAGAAGCGUCUAAGUCAUCCUCACCUAGAAAGAAGACCCAGCACCCAAAGCCGAGCCCCCCUGCAGUCCACCUUCGAUGCACCAUGGACCCCGUGAAAAUGACCGUGACCCCCCGACCCACUCGCCGCCAGCGCCAUCGAGGCUGGUCAGCACGCCGUGCCCACCACCCAACAGCCUGGGCCCCCGACACCGACGACGAGGAGAGGCACCCUCAUCGGCACACGGCAAUCUGCUCCCAGGACUGGGAUCACCCCUCGGACUGGGACGGCUUCCAAUCCGCCCAGGGCUACUGGGAUCCCUGGGCCCAGGACACUGCGGGGCUGCCCACCCAGGGCAUUCGCUUCCAGGAGGCCGUAGAGAGAAGACCCCUCAAAAGAGAGAUGCAGUCGGAGAUGAGCCUAGAGGCCUAUGUGUACCCUGUGAACCCCCCACCCCACAGCCCACAGUGCCACAAGAACAACGGAGGGCGGGCGGGAGCUGAGGGGGGGCAGGAGCAGUGCUCGCCUGACCCCCCAGCACCCAAGGGUCCAGCAGUUGUCCCAGAUAUCCCCCAGAGGCACCCCUCACGCCACCUAGUGUAUGACGCCCUCGACGUGAGGCGGCGGCUUCGGGAGCUGACCCAGGAGGUGGAGUUUCUGGCCCACUGUUACCCCAUGGCCACCAGAUCCAGCACUGCCGAAGGGGCGAACAAGGACAAGGACUGGGUAUACCGUCCCCUGACAGAGAGGUGACCGGAGGAGAAUAAAAAACAGA